UCAACAACAAUAAAAAUUCUAUGUUUCUGAAGAAACAAUCUUAAAAUUUUCUACUUCCUUUCACUUCUUUGAUCUUUGCCCUCUAUUUUUUCCCCUUUCCCCACUUGGCUGCCAAGGUUGAUUACAUGCAAAAUUAAAGGAAUUCAAAAUUCGUGUUGUCGUCUCUUAUUCAUUCGGUUUUGUGGGGUCAACUUAUAAAUGAGAAAAGAUCUACUAUCAUCGUCGGAAUUGUCCAAUUUUGUGAGAUUUUUGGUUCUUUCCUGGCCUACAAUUGGUUGUAGCUUGAUUUAUACUACUCGGUCUUCAUCACCUUCGCCAGAGUUUGUUCUAUUGAUGAUCGGAUCACCGCCAUCGCCAGAGUAGUUGUAUAUAAAUAUACACAUCUCCCAAUAAUAAUCGCCAAUCAGUGUUCGUUUCAUCUUCCCCACAAAGACGUCGAUACCGAGAUCAAUUGUGAGUUGUUCCCAUCAUGGAACCCUCCAACAACCAUGGAAUCAUCGAAGCCCAUUAUCAGGAGAGUAUCCAUGAAGAAACAGGGCAUGUUGUUACUACAACUAACACAACAACUACCAUUCAAAACGAUGAUGAGCAUAUCGCUCCAAACGUUGCCAAGGGAAAAGGUGGUUGGGUAGCGGCAAUGUUAUUGCUAGCAAAUCAAGGGCUAGCGACACUAGCGUUCUUUGGGGUAGGGGUGAACCUGGUUUUAUUCUUAGCUAGAGUGUUGGGGAGAAGCAAUGCAGAUGCGGCUAACGAUGUAAGCAUUUGGACUGGAACUGUCUACCUAUUCUCACUCGUUGGUGCCUUUCUCAGUGACUCUUAUUGGGGCCGGUUUCUCACCUGUGGCAUCUUCCAAUGCGUUUUUGUGGUGGGGUUGGUGCUUAUCUCAGUGGCAUCAGGAGUGUACCUGAUAAAGCCAAAGAACUGCGGUGAUGGGUUCCUAGAAUGCCAACCGGCAACCAACGCCGGCGCCCUAAUCUUCUAUCUGGCCAUUUACCUUGUAGCCUUAGGCUACGGCGGGCACCAGCCUACACUGGCCACAUUUGGGGCCGACCAAUUCGACGAGACAUCUCCUAAACAGUUGGAUGCCAAGGCCGCAUUCUUCUGCUACUUCUACUUCGCGCUCAACUCUGGGUCCCUAAUUUCCAACACCGUCCUCGUUUACUAUGAGGACACCGGGAAAUGGACCAUAGGAUUCAUUGCAUCGCUUGCCUCCGCCGUCUUAGCCCUCGCGCUAUACCUCGGAGGCACACCGUAUUACCGCUACAUCAAGCCCUGCGGAAACCCGCUGCCACGUGUCGCGCAGGUGUUCAUCGCGUCAUUCAGAAAGCGAAAGGUCGUGCCGCCAUCGAAUCCCGAUGAUCUAUAUGAGGUUGAAGGUGCAAAGUCGGCUAUCAAAGGCAGCCGCAAGAUCCUUCAUAGCAAUCAAAUAUCGUUCUUGGACAAGGCGGCCACGAUCACAGACGCUGACCAAAAAUCAGAUCCACACCCAUGGCGUCUCUGCACCGUGACACAAGUAGAGGAAGCCAAAUGUGUGUUGAAAAUGCUACCCAUUUGGCUUUGCACCAUCGCCUACUCCGUAGUCUUCACCCAAAUGGCCUCCCUCUUUGUCGAACAAGGAGACGUGAUGAACACCAAGAUUGGCAACUUCCGCCUUCCAGCGGCAAGCAUGUCGGCAUUCGACAUAUGCUCUGUCUUAGUCUGCACCGGAAUCUACCGUCAGGUCCUCGUCCCUGUAGCCAUGAAGCUUAGUGGCAACCCAAAGGGCCUAACCGAGCUCCAGCGUAUGGGCAUCGGGCUCGUCAUCGGAACGUUAGCCAUGGUUGCCGCCGCGCUCACCGAGAUAUGGAGGAAGAGGUACGUCAUCCCAGGAGAGAAAGUGAGCGAUCUGAGCGUGUUCUGGCAGAUCCCGCAGUAUGCUCUAGUGGGCGCGUCAGAGGUUUUCAUGUACGUCGGACAAUUGGAGUUUUUCAAUGGGCAAGCCCCCGAUGGGAUCAAGAGCUUCGGGAGCUCGCUCUGCAUGGCUUCCAUUUCGUUCGGGAACUACGUCAGCAGCUUAAUGGUGAAGAUGGUGAUGCUCUUGACUGCGAGAGGGCAAAAUCCUGGGUGGAUACCUGCAGAGGAUCUGAAUGCGGGUCACAUGGAUCUAUGGUUCCUCUCUGUUGCUGCGGUGACGGUCGUGGACUUCGGGAUUUAUUUGUUUUUUGCCAUAACGUACAAACCAAUCUCUCUUGACUAUUGUCAUAAAGAGGUGGAGAUUGUGCGAGAAGAUGAUGAUCGAGCAGUAGCAACUGAUGAUGUUGAUCACCAACAAGUGGUGGUUGGUAGAGUAUGAAAUUUCUGUCAACUCGUCUUUUUUUUUUUGGGUAAAUAACGAGGCUAAACGGAUAUUUUGUAACCAAGUCUUUUCCGAUUAAGAAAUUGUCCUCUUUGAGUCUAGACUCGCAUGGU